GUCUUAAAUUUAAACAAGUGUUCGUUUUUAUUACCGUUUGAUUGUAAGUAUGCAAUAAAAAGUAUAAGCAUCAAAAUUUCUUACGAAAUGAUGCCGCAUUGGUUGACGGUUACAUUACGUUGCUGGAUUGCAUUUAUUGCAUUUACUAACUUUGGUGCUGCUUUCCGGUCUUUUACUAAUGAUAAUUUUCUGCAUUCAAAAUUUUUUGGAAAUGAAGUCAAAGAGUCAUCUUUACAACAACUGCAAGAUAGAUCUGUUCUUGGCAGAGUAUAUGGAUUUUGGUCUUUGAUUAAUGGCAUCAUUUUGUUGAAUUCUUUCUUUUUUAUCGAAGAAAAAAAGAUUCUAUGGCUCGCAGUCUGUGUAAUUGUUCUUUACCUUAGCUUUUUUGCUAUAGAAGGAGGUUUGUACAAGACUGUUUUGAUUCAUGGACCAACAAUUUAUCCUUGUGUGUUAAGUGGUUUAACAUUAUUUUGGCUCCUUGCGGGCUUGAAAUGUUUGUACACACCCAAAAAGGACGAAUGCGAUGAGAAUGAAAUAUUGCGAAAACAAUUUCCUUUCAAAAAUACUUCAAAGAAAAUAAGAUAAGUUAUGCAUAUUUCAAUCUUGUUAUAAAAAAAAAAAAAAUACUGUGGUGUGUUGGUGUAAACUGAAAACAAAAUAAUUAUGUUUGAAGACUUUUAAGCUCAGUCUAAAAAAUUAGUAAUUUUAAGAAUGUACUUUGAGAAGAAGACUGCUUUACCUCUUUUGAAAUAUUCCUUGAUGUUUUUUGACAUCAUAAGUUUAUUAUUUAUAAUGUUGCCAUGCUUUUUAGGAAAGUUCGGAUUUUUCUUCCUCUUCAGUUAAUUCCAACUCUAGAUCUCACUAGAAAUUUCACA